AACAAUGCAAAACAAACCGAAAAAUUGGAUGCACGCCUUUUCUUAAGGAGGGAAAAGGAGAGACAGCUAAGGGCACCGCAAAAACUAAUGCGGGGGUAAAGCAAAAACUUGACUGAAAAUAAAUGGGAAGAGCAUUCCUUUCUCGGACGAUAUAAUUUCUUUCCCUCUCUUCCCCUCUUUCACUCUGUUCAAUUUCUUCGAUCAUGCCACGGAAGACUUCAAGGCAAAAUAUGCAUCAUGUGUUAUUGACAGUAAAAAAGAGAUCCUCUAAAAGAGUUCAGCUACAGAAAGCUUGGUUUGGCUUGGCUUAGAUCAAAUUCAAGUCAAAGUUGCAGCAUGCCCUGAAGAGAAAUCCAAUGGCUUUCAAUAAGAGAGCAUGCAAUGGUGUAGGUCAAAGUUGCAGCAUGCCCUGAAGAGAAAUCCAAUGGCUUUCAAUAAGAGAGCAUGCAAUGGUUGCAUUAGGUUGUGAGUUGCUUGAACUUCAUCCAUGCCUUUUAUGCUGCAGCUUGUUUGAUGGAGAGCUUAUGCGUUUGAUUCAGUCCUCUUUGGGUUCAUGCUUUCACACUUGCGGAUCAAUGCAUUUGGAGGUCUACAUAGGAGAUGAUUGAAAGACUUCAAGCGUCUUUCUCUCUUUUUAUCCUCUAUGUGUGCUAUUUGCACAUUCUGUUGGAUGUGGUAUUUCUGAGCUUGUCUAAUAAGGUAAGUAAGUAUUCAAUAGUUAAGUAAGUAAUGUCUUAAGGUAUCUAUAUGGUAUUCUAUAGUAUUUUUCUUAUUCAUGUACAGUGAAUCACGACAUAUGUGAAUCUAGGCAUAUAAUACCUUAACAUUCAACAUGCUAGUUCAAACUCAAAGUGGUGAAACAAACUUGAGUUUGCUUAUUAUGAACAUAGAAAACUGCCACUGAAAUCUUGUAGGAAAACUGCUAUUGGGAUAAUGGUCAGAGAGAUGCAUGCAGUGACAAAGAUGAUUCAUUAUAUUCCAUCCAUUGGACCAUAUCCCAAUUCCAUUCAUUUAAUAUCCCUUUGGUGUCAUUGACAUAACAGAUGCUCUUCUAUUCCAUCUCUUUCUAUUCUUUUCUUUUCUAUACAUGGAAAGUUCAACUGGAAAAAAGAGCAGUGGGACGCAGGAAGAAGAGAGACAUUGCGCCUUAAGCAGAGAAACGAGAGCGCUGGUUGUUAGAGAGAGGAGGGGUGCUGGCAGGAGUGUUCAUCUUUCAGUUUGCGUUUUGUCAAAUUUCGUUCCGGUUCUCAGUUUUUGGUGAAACUGAACUAAAAUAAAUAUGGUUAGGUUUGGGUUUUCUCGUUAUGGUUCGGCUAUUUCAUUUUUGUUUCGACUUAACUAGGCCUCCUGAAAUUGGGCCUCGAAAAUAAUUUACUUAGAUAUAGAAGUAGAUUCAUAUUUCAUAAUAGUAGUAGUAGUAGUAGUAGUAAUAGUAAUAAUAGUUCCAUAAUAAACAAAAAAAAGAAGAAGAGGAUAAUUACACAUGUAAAGCUAAAAUGCUUUAUCAAUGCCCAAAAAUAUUUCAAAGAGAGAACAUGGCAUUGCCAAUUCGUUAAGAAAUUUAAAUUAGUCACGAAUUAAGGCAGCCCUAUGAACUUUAUUUACCAAUACACAUAAAUCAUACAAAUACUUUAAAGCAAAGAGAAAAGAAUCACACCUUUCUCUAUAGAAUCUAGAAAACUGGAAAAUAUGUCUUUCAUCAAAGCUAUCUCUUGGCCAGCCCUAGAACUUGGGGGAAGAUGCCAUCGAAAACUCAACGUAGGGCAGGAGCCGCACUUUUCGUUGUCCGAGGAGCACACUCUCAGGCGCAAGGGUUUCUUGGAAUCUUGUCUGAUUGGGUCUUUCUCCAAAUGGGUUGCUUCUCCAGAGGCUGUUAGAAACUGGGCAGCAGAGGCAUGGAACGUCAAGGACGGGCUGAAAAUAUCGCAACUGAGGGACACGCAAUAUCUCUUUCGAUUUGUCGACAAGUCUCAAGCUUCAGAAAUUCUUGUCAGAGGAAGCAGGUGGUUCGAUGAGAACUUCUUAAAGCUAGACAGAUGGGUGGAGCACGAUGGGUGUCUCGACCCUUGUUUCAUCGGCGAAACAUUGGUGGUCAACAUGGUGGGUCUCCCAGUGUAUCUUUGGUGUCUUGACCUAUUCAAGAAGAUUGGGGAAAUCAGUGGGGGCUUUAUUGAUGUCACUUGCAGCCUACACGAUCUCUCGCGAGUGAGGAUUGUGGUUAGGAAAGGUGGCAGAAUCCUUGUCUCCACUGUGGUGUAAGAUGGCUACUUGAGUUAUUGGGUUUGGUUGAGCCUUGAAUUUCGCCCUAUCUUUAUGCCUGUGAUAGUGGCGGAAGAAAAAGGGUAGGUCAAAUAGAAGAGAGGGGAGGGGAAAUCAGUCUCUGAAGAGAGGGGAGGGCUCACCGGAUCAGUGGGCUACGCAGAAUAAGAAGUUAGAUCAAGAAGAGACAGGGGGAUUUGAAUUCGGGAGAAGAAGACAAAAUUUUAUCAAGAGGAAAAGACGUGAAUGCCCCUGGGUUAGUGAUGCGGACUGGAAAGGUAGAAUGGACCGGUCCUCUUUUAAUCAUCAUAGGGCCGGACAAGUUUUCAGCAAGUAUAGGCCUGGGCCUCCACACAUGGGCCCAACAACUUUUCCCAAUUCUAUUAAAAUUGAUCCUAAGGGGCCCAAAUAAUUUCGAGCUGCGUCUGAUAAGGCUCCUAAGCAUAUGGGAACAAUCGCUCCUUCUUCUUCUGCCAAUGGUGCUUCACACAGUGAUAUUUCUUCUCCGAACUCUAGUGUCCUGCUCCCCUCUUCGAUGGUCGUUGCUUCAGGGGCAGCACAGACUAAAGCUGGUGGUGUUAUUUCACGGCCUCCCGCCUCUAAUGGACCCGGCUCCAUCGCCCCCUCAUCUUCUCCUGUGCUUAGCUGCGCUGAGGUUACACUUCAAGCUCCUUUUGGGGAGAUUGUUGCGCAUGCCCCAAUUGAUGUUAUUGCCGGACCAGCAAUUCCUGUUAAUAUGCCGCCAAGGGUUCCAUGCUCUCUUCCUUCCCGCUACACUGCUGGCGUUUCUGGACAUUCCUAUAGCAGCAGAGUGCUAAUCUCAGAGGUUGAUGCCUCUCAAGGAAAUGGUGAGAUCCUUCCGGCACCUAAAGUUCCUAUUGCUAGCAAUGCUAUGGUCUUGUAUUCCUCCGGUAGGAGCAAGGAAAAGGUACAUAUAGAAGACGCUUGUCCAAUUCCGUCACGGACUGGAGGAGGGGAUAUGUCCUUCUGGAUGGAGGAUAAACUAUUAAACUUCAGGAAGAUUUUAGGUGUUUUUUUUGAAGGGAAGGAAGAUAGGGUGUUAGAACUAUUGAGGGAGAUUGAGCAACAAUCUUCUUAUGAUGGUGCAAGGAGGGAGUUGGGUCAAGGUGUUAAGCAAAAUAAUUUAGGGGAUGUAGUGGUGUACCGGUUGAUACCCAAUUUUUUCCUAUAAUAGUUUUCAAAAUGCAUAUACAACUCCAAAACUAUGUAUUAGCAUCAAUUAAUAUUUCUCCAUAAUUUCUGCAUUUUAAGGGUUUUAAUUAAUUUAUCCCCAGUACUCUCAU